CUCCCGCAGGAGCACGUUGGAUGGGCUGGGGAACUACCUCAAGCCGUUUCAUUGCGGAGGACUAAAUAGUGAGAGGACCCUUCUUGCUAAUUUAAGUACAGUCUGUCUUGAAACCGGUGCGUUCAGCAUGCAGCGAAGGACUCCCUCAACUCCCCAGGCUGUCUGCCUGGGGUCCGGCUGUUAGUGUCCAGCAUGUCAGAACUGCAGGGGUCUUUCCACCGGUCAUCGCCGUUGAAGGGUGUAGCCCAGGACAUCAGCCAGCUAAUGGAGAAGCUCGACACCAAUGAGCUUUGCCUCGAAGAAGAUGAGCCCGACAUUGAUACAGGGAACGAGAUCAGGGCGUCCGAUGGCGCCCAGAUCCCGUUCUCGGCAGUCUACAAGACCAAAGGCUUCAAGGAGCCCGAGAUCCAGGUCUACAUCCCUGGUUCGUUCAUCAAGGCUCAUGUGGUGGAUGUGGAACGUUUCACUUCCACCAAGAAGGUCCCAAUUCUAAACAUCUACACCAUUGAGCUCAGUCACGGCGAGUUCAGCUGGAAGGUCAAGAGGAAGUUCAAGCACUUCCAGGAACUCCACCGGGAACUUCUCCGCUACAAGGCUCUGCUCCGUCUGCCGAUCCCGACUCGGAGUUUCACGGCACGAAGGCAGACGGUAAAGCGAGGGGAGCCGCGGAACAUGCCGUCAUUACCUCGCAGCUCGGAGCACAUCGUAAGGGAAGAGCAAAUCUCCAGCCGCCGGAAACAGCUGGAGGAUUACCUGACCAAGCUACUGAAGAUGCCCAUGUAUCGAAACUAUCACCCUACGAUGGAGUUCAUUGGAGUUAGUCAGCUCUCUUUCAUUCAUCACCUCGGACCCAAGGGCCUGGAAGGUUUUGUGAUGAAGCGUUCUGGGGGUCACAGAAUCCCCGGCCUCAACUGUUGCGGGAGGAAUCAGGUGUGUUACCGCUGGUCCAAGAGGUGGCUGGCGGUGAAGGAUUCCUUCGUUCUCUACAUGAGACCGGAUUCGGGAGCUGUCACCUUCGUUCUGCUCGUGGACAAAGAGUUUAGCAUCAAGCUGGGCAUCAAGGAAACGGAGACAAAGUAUGGCAUCAGAAUCGAGAACCUUUCCAGAACCCUGAUCAUCAAAUGCAACAGUUACCGCCACGCUCGGUGGUGGGGUCAGGAGAUCGAGGAGUUCAUGCGUGUGCAUGCUGCCGUCUUCCUGAAGGACCAACGAUUCACAUCCUUCGCCUCUGUGGACGAAGGAAUUUUGUCCAAAUGGUACGUCAACGCCAAAAACUACUUUGAGGACGUGGCAGAUGCUCUGGAGAGUGCCCAGGAGGAAAUAUUCAUCACCGACUGGUGGUUGAGUCCAGAGAUUUUCCUCAAGAGGCCAGUGAUGGAGGGAAACUACUGGAGGCUGGACUGCAUCCUCAAACGCAAAGCACAACAAGGAGUGAAGGUGUUUGUGAUGCUCUACAAGGAGGUAGAGCUCGCUUUGGGGAUCAACAGCGAGUACAGCAAGAGGACUCUGAUGUACCUUCACCCCAACAUUAAGGUGAUGCGGCACCCCGACCACGUGUCCUCCUCGGUCUACCUCUGGGCACACCACGAGAAGCUGGUGGUCAUCGACCAGUCAGUGGCCUUUGUCGGAGGCAUUGACUUGGCUUAUGGGAGGUGGGAUGACGACGAACACCGGCUGACGGACGUGGGCAGCGUGACACGGAGCAUGAACGCGUUGUCCGCCACGACGGCCAAUCAAGUGUCGGCAUCCGCGCCCGGAGAGAAGCAGGAGGCCCAGGUGAGCACGGCAAAGGUCAUGCUGGAGAGGGGCGGCGAUGACGUGCAGGAGAUGACGGAGGAGGAGACGGCAGCCAGGAUGAGGGGCAUUGGCAGGCCGAAGAAGACCCUCAACCUGGUGAAGCGGCUGCAGAGGCAGAACCUGGAACACAGUGACAGCGUAAACAGCGUGGACAGCUCCGAGCACGAUUGGUUUAACAGCAAGCAGAAUUUGUUGAGGGACAGGUUGCCCCACCUGAAGAGGUUGCGCCACCGGUCCAGCGACUCCGAGCCGCCCCCCCCGGACAACGAAAGGGGUUCAAUGCACAGUCUGCACACCAGCGUUGGAGAACUGGUUGGACAGACCAGGUUCUGGCACGGGAAGGAUUACUGCAACUUUGUCUACAAGGACUGGGUCCAGCUGGACAAGCCCUUCGAUGACUUCAUCGACCGCUACACCACACCCCGGAUGCCCUGGCACGACAUCGCUUCGGUGGUCCACGGGAGGGCUGCCCGCAAUGUGGCUCGGCACUUCAUCCAGCGCUGGAACUUUACCAAGAUUGUCAAGCCCAAGUACCGACCUCUGACCUACCCAUACCUCCUGCCCAAGAGUAUCUCCACCGCGGACGAGUUAACCUAUAAGGUGCCAGGAUCAAUUCCAGUGCAAGUCCAGGUGUUGAGAUCAGCUGCAGACUGGUCGUGCGGAAUCAAAUAUCACGAAGAAUCCAUCCACAAAGCUUACGUUAACGUGAUUCAGCACAGCAAACACUACAUCUACAUAGAGAACCAAUUCUUCAUCAGCUGUGCUGACAACAAGUACGUCUUUAAUGAGAUCGGUGAUGCCAUUGUGGAGCGGAUACUGAAAGCCUACAGGGAGAAGCAGCGGUAUCGUGUGUACCUGGUGACUCCGCUGAUGCCCGGCUUCGAGGGGGACAUAAAGACAGGGGGAGGGACGGCCAUUCAAGCUGUGAUGCACUUUAACUAUAGGACCAUGGCGAGAGGAGAGUACUCUAUCAUCGAGCAGCUCCGGAGAGAGAUGGAUGACAUGUGGAUGAAUUACUUCUCAGUGUGUGGGCUGCGGACCCACGCGGAGCUGGACGGGAAGCUGGUGACGGAACUCAUCUACGUCCACAGCAAGCUGUUGAUUGCGGACGACGAGAAGGUCAUCAUUGGCUCGGCCAAUAUUAACGACCGAAGCAUGCUGGGAAAGAGAGACAGUGAAAUGGCGGUGAUGGUGGAGGACACGACUCGGGUUCCCUCGGUUAUGGAUGGGGUCGAGUACCAGGCCGGGAAGUUCGCUCUCAGCCUCAGGCUGCACUGCUUCAAACUCAUUCUGGGGGGCUUGAAUGACCCUUCCAUUGAUGUACAAGAUCCCAUCAGUGAAAAGUUCUUCAAGGAAGUCUGGAUUCCAACCAGUGCGAGGAAUGCGACGAUCUAUGAAAAGGUUUUCAGAUGUCUUCCCUCGGAUCACGUGAAGAACAACAGUGACCUAGCGGCCUUCAACGCUAAGCAGGGUCUGGCAAGCGAGGAUCCGGCCAAAGCUGUGGAAGAGCUAAAGAAGAUCCACGGCUUCCUCGUCCAGUUCCCCUUCUACUUCCUGUCAGAGGAGAACUUGCUCCCGCCGCUCAGCACCAAGGAGCGGAUGGUGCCGAUGGAGGUGUGGACAUGAGGGAAGAGUGGAAGAGAGUAGGAUCAAGGGAAGAGGCUGGCCACUCUGGUCACAGUAUCUACAGGGGGGACCAUGCGUCCAAUAGUCAAGACCAGAGGUAGACCUGUCAAGUUUUCAGAGAACUAACAGACAAAAAAAAACUCAGGAGGGUCAGACUCUUCUAUCAACAAUUACAGGACACACUAGCUCCAUCGGCUUGGAGAAUUUCUGAUUUUCCUUCCCAGGCUAUACCAACCUCUGAGAUAUUAGCACACUCUAUAAAUUUGGUGUUUUUAUUUCAAUAACAUCCUGCAUUAUAGAAUAGAGAACAGUACAGUGCAGUACAGGCCCUUCAGCCCACAAUAUUGUGCUGACCCUUUAACCUGCCCCAAGAUCAAUCUCACCCUUCCCUCCCACAUAGCCCUCCGUUUUUCUAUCAUCCAUGUGCCUAACUGUGAGCCUCUAUCUCAGUAUGUUCAGGUGCUGACGUGGAAGGGGUUAAUGUGUGUUAACAUCAUGUCUUCCUGGUUCAAAAUGUGGAAUGCAAUAUGAGACCAUAAGACAUAGCAGCAAAAUGAGGCAAUUCGGCCCAUCGAGUCUGCCAUUUCAUCAUGGCUGAUUUAUUAUCCCUCUCAACACCAUUUUCCAGACUUCUCCCUGUAACCGUCGAUGCCCUGACUAAUCAAAACCUAUCAAUGUCGAAAUAUACCUAAUGGCCUGGCCUCUACACCCAUUUCCAGCAAUGAAUUCCACAGAUUCACCAGCCAUCUCCAGCAAUGAAUUCCACAGAUUCACUACCUUCUGGCUAAAGGAAUUACUCCUCAUCUUUGUUCUAAGUUGACAUACAGUACCUCUAUUCUGAGGCUGUGUCCCUGGUCCUAGACUCCCCCACUACAGGAAACAUCCUCACCAGAUCCACUCUUAUCUGUGUCUUCUGGUCCUAGACUCCUGCACUAUAGGAAACAUCCUCUCCAGAUCCCCUCUAUCUAGGUCUUUCAAUAUUCAAUAGCUUUCAAUUAGAUCCCCCACCCCUAUUCUUCUAAACUCCAAUGAGGUCAGGCCGUAGAGCCAUCAAACACUCCUCAUACCUUAGCCCUUUCAUUCCUAGAAAGAUUCUUGUUAUCCUUCUCGGACUCUCCCCGACAACUAUCUGUUUACCCUCUAAAUCUGCCCCCUAACCACCUCUCCAAAUCUCCUCACAGGAACCGGCCUGUGCUAUUCUACCCCUCUACUGUAGUAUCAUGACAGGUCAGUACGCGCAAUCAGCAAACUCCCCUAAUCUCAGAUUCAGAAUUAACAACAGACUCAAUGCUAGGUGCUUUUGGGAAAGAGAGCUCCAAGCUCCUGUCAUCCUCUGUAACAAAAUUCAAAGUUGAAAGUAAAUUUAUUAUAAAAGUAUGUGUAUGUCACCAAAUACUACCCUGAGAUUUACUUUCUAGCAGGCAUUCACAUUAGAACAAAGAAAUACAAUAGAAUCAAUGAAAAACUACACACAAAGGCUGACAAACAACUAAUGUGCAAAAGAAGACAAAAUCUGCAAAUAAAAAAUAAACUAAUAAUAAUAAAUAAGUAAAUAAAUAACAUUGAGAACAUGAGUUGUAGAGUCCUUGAAAAUGAAUCCAUAGGUUAUGGAAUCGGUUCCGUGAUGAGGUGGGUGAAGUUAUUCACUCUGGUUCAGGAGCCUAAUGGUUGAAGGGUAAUAUCUGUUUCUGAACCUGGUGGUGUGUGACCUAAAUUGCCUCCUAUCCAGCCCCUUGUCCCAACCCCCCCCCAAAUAUUGGAACCAUCGGUUUCUCUCAGUACUUUACUCCUCACCAUCUGAAAACCAUGGGAUACCCAGAUGCUGGAAAUGUUUGGCUGAUCAAUCAGCAUCGGUGAAGCAAUGGUUUAGCUCAGUAGUGAAACCAGGAAUCAAGUUCAUUUGAAGUUGACAAGAAAGGGUGGGGGAAGGUGCGUGGUGGUAGUAGAGACAGAUACAUUCGGGGCUUUUAAACAGAGCGCAGUACAGCCCAGGGACAGGUCUGCUAGUCCACAGUAUUGUGCCAAGCCAAUUAAGUUAAUCUAAUGGCCAACUAAUCGAAUUCCCCCUGCCUACACAAUAUCCAUAUCCUUUCAAUUUCCUCACAUUCAUGUGCCUGGCUAUUAAAAAUCAACGUACCUGCCUCUAUCACCACCCAGGCAGCGCAUUCCUGGCACCCACCAAUCUCUGUGUAAGAAAGCUUACCCCUCACAUCUGCUUUGAAAUUUACCCCCCUCACCUUGAAUGCAUGCCCUCUGGUAUUAGACAUUUCACCCCUGGGAAAAGGAUACUCUCUGUCUACUCUGUCUGUGCCUCUCAUAAUCUUAUAAACCUCUAUCAGAUCUCCCCUCAGCCUCAGAGAAAACAACCCACGAUGGUCUGACCUCUCAUUAUAGCACCUGCCCUCUAAUCCAGGUAACAUCCUGGUGAACCUCUUCUACACCCUCUCCAAAGACCUGACAUUCUUCCUAUAAUGGGACGACCAGAAUGAUAUGCAAUACUCCAGAUGUGGCAUAACUAGAGCUUUAUAAAGCUGCAACAUAACUUUUUGACACUUGAACUCAAUGACUCAAUUAGUAAAGGCAAGUAAGUCACCUGUCUUCUCAACCACCCUAUCAAUGUGUGUAACCACUUUCAGGGAGCUCUGAACUUGGGCCACAAGACCUCUCUGCUCAUCAACACUGUCAAGGGCCUUGCCCUUAAACGUCAUUACUUUCUAUUUACACUGAACCUUCCAAGGUCAACACCACAUUUGUCCAGGUUAAGAAGCUUAAAUAGGCAUGUGGAUGAUAGAAAAAUGGGAGGGCUGUGGAGAAGGGAAGGGUUUGAUUGAUAUUGAAAUAGGUUAAAAGAUUAGCACAACAUUGUGGGCUGAAGGAUCUGUGCUGUGCUGUACUGUUUUAUAACUCAAGAAAUUCUGCAGGUGCUGGAAAUCCAGAGCAACACACACAAAAUGCUGGAGGAGCUCAGCAAGUCAGGCAGCAUUUGUGCAAAUGAAUAAUCAGUUGACAUUUCGGGCUGAGACCCUUCUUCAGGUCUGGAAAGGAAGGGUGAAGUAGCCAGAAAGAAAAGGUUGGGAAAGGGGAAGGAGGACAAACUAGAAGGUGAUACAUGAAGCUGGGUGGGUGGGAAAGGUAAAGGGCUGGAGAAGAAGGAAUCUGCUAGGAAGUGGAAGUGGACCACAGAGGAAAGGGAGGGAGGAGGGGACCCAAGAGGAGGUGAUAGGCAGGUGAGGAGCGGUAAGAGGCCAAAGUGAAGACUAGAAGAAUGGAGAAGGGGACAGAAAAACAAUUUUACCAGAAUUUUACUCCCAAUUUUGAGUAAUCAUUAGUCACAUUUUUUGCUUUGCAUCUCUGCCUCCUAAUCUCCUCCCACCUUGAAGCUCGGAAUAGAGCGCCUGCUUUGGGAAUCUGGUGAGGCAACUCAGGCAAUAUGACAUGCCCGUGGAAGUCAACAGUCUCAGGUUACUGGGGAAAGAGGGAAUCGGAGACGCGAGAGGCUACAGGCGCUGGAAUCUGGAGCAACACACCUCCUGCUAGAGAAACUCAGCAGGUCGAACUGUGUCUGUGAGGGGUCGCAGAAGGGCUGUAGGGACUGCCGGCAUUUUGGGCUGACAGCCUGCAUCAAAUCAAAUCAAAGCCAAUCAAAGUAAGUUUAUUAUCAAAGUUCAAAUACAACCCUGACUUUCAUUUUCUUGUGAGCAUUCACACUAAAUAGAAAGAAACACAAUAGAAUCAAUGAAAGAUCAAAACAAGAUGGAUGGACCAACAACCAGUGUACAAAAGACAACAAACUGUGCAGAAAUUUUAAAAGAGCAAACUACUAAUAAUAAAUAAAUAAACAAUAAAUAUUAGAACAUAAGAUGAAGAAUCCUUGAAAGUGAGCCCAGAGGUUUCAGUGAUGGUGUGAGUGAAGUUAUCUAUGCUGGUUCAGGAGCCUAUGGGUGGAGGGUAAUAACUGUUCCUGAACUUGGUGGUGUAGGUUCCUCCUUCCUGAGUAGAGAGCACGGCCUGGAUGGUGGACAUCUUUGAUGGUGGAGGCUGCUUUACUGCAACUGUGCUCUGUGUAGAUGCAGUCAAUGGCGCUUGGGUUCCAAGGAUCCUUGAAAGGUUGACAGCUCUUUCCCUCACAUAGAUGCCCCUUGACCCAUUGAGUUCUGGCCCCACCCAGAUUGUUGGGCCUGUUCUUGACCGGGAGGCAAGAGCAAAUAUAUUUAAGGAUGGGAUUAUAGAAAUAAAAGGCAUCGAGGGUUAGGGGAGAGAGUGGGAAUAUGGUUACACAAAAUGCUGGAGGAAAUCAGCAGGUCAGGGUGCGUCUAUAGAGGGGAAUAGACAGUCGAUGUUUGGGCUGAGACCUUUCAUCAGGAAUCAUCAGGCCUCAGUCUGAAACAUCACAUUUAGUGCAGUAACCAAAAGUGCCCCCCUAGCACCGUGACGGCAGUGGCGAUUUAAUUCAAGGGUAUUGUCGUCUGACUAUACAACCAAACGAACCAAUGUUCCUCCAGACCAUGGUGCACCCACAAAACAUAUAUCACACACAGCACAUAAAACAAAAUAUUAUCAUGAAUAAGUUAAUAAAUAUAAUUCAAAAUGCAUAUAGUGAACAGCUCACUGUCCCUGUGACGAGACCGCAGUGGUGACAGGGUAUUCGUUAGUCUCACAGCCUGAGGGAAGAAGCUGUUACCCAGUCUGACAGUCCUAGUCCUGAAGCUCCUGUAUCUCCUUCCUGAUGGUAGUGGGUCAAAGAGAUUGUGGAUGGGUGGUAGAGUUCCUCGCCUACAACACUCCUGGUAAAUGUCACAAAUACAUCAAGCACAAUCAGAAUCUGAUUUAUUAGCACUAACUUAGCUCAUAUGGAAUCUCCUUCUCCCAUGGUCCACUAGUCUCCCCCAUUAGAUUCCUUCUUCAGCCCUUUACCUCUCUCAGCUUCUCACUUAUUCUCCCAUCCCCGACCCACCUCACCUAUCAUCUGCCAGCUCGUAAUUCUCCUGCCCCCACCGCCUUAUUCUGACUUCUUCUCCCUUCCUUUUCCAGUCCUGUUGAAGGGCCUCAGCCUGACACAGCAACUCUUUAUUCUUCUCCAUAGAUGCCGCCUGACCUGCUGAGUUCCUCUGGCGUUUUGUGUGUGUUGCUCUUGAUUUCCAACAUCUGCAGAAUCUCUUGUGUUGAUGGUUAUUGUGAUAGACAGUCUGCCAUAUUGCAUUGAAUAGUGGGGUAGUUUCGAAGGGCUGAAUGCCCUACUCCUGAUUGUUUUUGAUGUUUCUUUAAAUGUAAGCUUGGAGGAUUGUGGUAGGGGUGAAUAAAGGUGGAGAUGCUUGCUGUGGGAAUGAGGCACAGUCCCAAGGACAGGAUGAUAGGAAGAGGCCAGAAUUGGAGGUGCAUGGGACUAUUGGAGAAAGGAAGGGGGUGGGUCGAGGAUGAUGGUAAAUCUGGGGAUGUGUAAGAGGCCAGAGAUGGCAUUUCCUGAGACCCAGCAUCACUUGGCUCAGAGGAGACCUCGCAUUCCAUUCACCAAACCCUUUCUACUGUGCCUGGCUGGUGCAGUGCUAGACAAGAAGACACAGGAGCAGAAUUAUCUGCAUGAACAGUAUGUAAGACAAGUUUUUCAUCGUAUCACAGUAUGUGUCAUUAACCAAUUCCAAUUCCAUUUCCAAUCCCACCAACAAACGUAGAAAUAAGACAUAGGAACAGAAUUAGGCAGUUCAGCCCAAAAAUUAUGCUCCACCACUCCAUCAUGGCUGAUCUGUUGUCCUUCUCCAUCCCAUUCUCCUGCCUUCUCCCCAUAACCUUUGAUGCCCUUACUAUUCAAGAUCUUAUCGACCUUAGAUGACUUGGCCUCCACAGCUGUCUGUGGCAAUGAAUUCUACAGAUUCACUACCCUCUGGCUAAAGAAAUUGUUCCUCAUCUCUGUUCUGAAUUUACAUCCCUCUAUGCUGGGUCUGUGCCCUCUGGUCCUAGACUCCCCCACUAUAAGAAAUAACCUCUCCACAUUCCUCUCCAUAUAGGCCUUGUCAAAUCCAAAGGGUUUCAACGAGAUCCCCCCUCAUUCUUCUAGACUCCAGUGAGUACUGACCCAGAGCCAUCCAGUGCUCCUCGUUUGUUAACCCUUUCAUUCAUGGGAUCAUUCUUGUGAACCUCUACUGGUCCCUCUCCAAUGGCAGUACAUCCUUUCUUAAAUAAGGGCCCUAAGACUGCUCACAAUACUGUCUGAGCAGUGCCUUAUAAAGCCUCAGCAUUACAUCUUGCUUUUAUACUCUAGACCCCUCGAAAUGAACACUAACAUUGCAUUUGCCUUCCUUACCACCGACUCAACCUGCAAGUUAUUCUUUAGGGAAUCCUGCACAAGGACUCCCAAAUCCUUUUCAAAUCUUGUUAUUAUCAUAUUAUUCAAAAAAAAAUAACACGAGUACAUCGAAGUAGCAACACUUACAAUGUCUCAAGGAAACAAAACAUUAUCUUAAAGAUUGAAAAAUUUUGUGAUAAUUUUAAAAAACCCUACUUAGCAGAAUAAGUGGGGGAAAAACCCCCAUUAGGUGUACAACCUCGGAGCCAUGCAUCAUACAAAAAGCUUCUAAAAAUAAACAUCAAACCACCAGCAAGAAAGAAAAAUAUACCAAAAAAUUUACCAUUAGAUCGUGGAGAAAAUCUAUCAAUUAGCUCAGAUGAUAAUAACGAGCAAAUGAGCCCCAUCGUUUCUCAAAAUCAAAUAAAGGCUCAAAGAUUCGACUUCUAAUUUUCUCCAAACUAAGACGUAGCAUCACUUGAGAGAACCAUUGUGACAAGGACUCCCAAAUCCCUUGGCGCCUCUGAUUUCUAAAUUUCUCCCCCAUUUAGAAAGUAGUCCACACAUUUAUUCCUUCUACCAAAGUGCCUGAUGUGUUCAGGGGGGCAGCUGCUUUCAUAGCCCCCCUCCCCUUUGGCCUUACAAGCGACCGCUGGGUAACAGGUGGGGGUCUCGAGAUGAGAGGGGAAUGUAUGUCAAUACACUCGGAGUGGGUUGGGAGGGCUGCCAAGCACAGGGAGCUUCCGACUGGUGCACAGUGUCUGGCUUUGUUCACCCCUCACCAAGAACUCUCCUUAUUGACUCAGUCAUAGAAUACUAUUGGACAGAAAAAGCCCUGUCUAGUCUGUGCCGAACUAUUAAUCUGCUGAAUCCCAUCGACCUGCACAUGGGCGAUACCCUUUCACAUCCCUCCCAUCCACGAAUCUAUCCAAAUUUCUCUUAAAUGUUGAAAUCAAAUCCGUGUACACCACUUCCACUGGUAGUUGAUCUCACACUCGCACCAUCCUCUGACUGAAAAAGUUCCCCUUAGGGUCACCAUGAACAUUUCACCUUUCACCCUUACCCCAUGACCCAGUCUCACCCAGCCUCAGUAGAAAAAGCCUGCUUGCAUUUACCCUGACUAUGCCCUCUUGACGGUGUACACCUCUAUCAAAUCUCCGCUGAUUCUCCUACGCUCCAGGGAAUAACCUCAUAAACUCUUCUUGGGUUUCCAGCCAAGUUCAGGUGUUGAUUUUUACUGAUAUUUCGAUGACAAACUGUAUCAUUUUCAUCAGGGUUGCUGCCUAUGCAUUGUCUAGCUGAAUGGUAUAUGUAAUCAUCUCCCAUAGACCGUCCCUCCUGGGAGCUGAGUGUUUACCAUCGGAUAGGACAUGCCUAGGCAUCUUCCCUGAUGAAGGCAUUGAAACAUUGGUUAAAAUCGACACCUGGACCCGGCUGUGAUGAGAAUCCUUGACGAGGAUAGUUUGGACCCAAAUGCUGGCGUAUCUGAAGCAAGGUUCGAGAUACGGCAUCAAACUCGAUCUGAGCACAAAACAAACGAUAGAUGAUAUCACUAGUAGGGUUAUGAUUGGUCAUCGAACCGCAGUUCAGGUGUUCUUUAAAUACUCAAUUCUUGGCGUGAAAACCAUGAUUGCCAAUUAACGGGACUGUCCGAAAUUUUUAAAGGGGCCACCCUCCGGAGGCGGUUAGAGUGUCUAAACCUCGGAAGCUGGCGUGGAUGGGUGAGUGUUGUAACACCAGCUAGAAGCCCAAGAAGCGUUUAUCUGUCAUAUACACCAGGAAAGCACUAGACCCUUAUUCAAACUUUCCCUGUCACUCAGAUCCUCAAUUCCUGGCAAUGUCCUUGUAAAUUUUCUCUGCACUCUUUCAAUCUUAUUGACACCUUUCCAAAAGUGCACACAAUACUCCAAAUUAGAUCCCACUAUUGUCUUAUACAAUUUCAAGGUAACAUCCCAACUCCUGUCCUCAGUAUAUUGAUGAUAAGAAGGCCAAUGUGCCAAAAGCUUUAUGACCCUGUCUACUGACGUUCUGCCUGUCACAAUCUGUGCUAUUUAAUUAGCAUCAUCUCAUAACAUUAAUAAUUCUGAUUUAUUAUUCAAAACACAUAAUGAAAUGCGUCAUUUGCAUUAGCUACCAACACAACCUUACAAACUAUGCAAAUUAUUCCAGACUUUCUUAACCCCCUGCCGUCCAGGGGAAGGUGCUCCCAUGGCACUGUUGGGGAGGGAGUUCCAGGGUUAAGACCCAGUGGCGGUGAAGGAAGAGCGAUCUGUUGCACUCAGAUUCAGAUUCAAUCAUUUAUCGAAACACAGUGCAAUGCAUUGCUGGCAUCUUAGGGAUGUACUGGGGGCAGCCACACAUUCCAGUGCCAGCAUCACAUGUCCACAAUGUUUGACAGAAGAACACAGAACACAACACAACAACCUGCAAAGGAACAACAACCAGACCAGUCCCCAUUCUUGCUUCCUCCCACCCACUCACACCUACAGUCCUCUCACCCCAGGGCAGGCUGCCUUCAGCCUCCAGAGGACUCAGACUUGGAGUCACUGGGCCUUCAACUUCCCCAGGGAUUUGGUGGCUCUGGGUUCUGGACAUAGAAACAUAGAAACAUAGAAAAUAGGUGCAGGAGUAGGCCAUUCGGCCCUUCGAGCCUGCACCGCCAUUUAUUAUGAUCAUGGCUGAUCAUCCAACUCAGAACCCAGCCUUCCCUCCAUACCCCCUGACCCCUGUAGCCACAAGGGCCAUAUCUAACUUCCUUUUAAACAUAGCUAAUGAACUGGCCUCAACAGUUUGCUGUGGCAGAGAAUUCCACAGAUUCACCACUCUCUGUGUGAAGAAGUUUUUCCUAACCUCGGUCCUAAAAGGCUUCCCCUCUAUCCUCAAACUGUGACCCCUCGUUCUAGACCUCCCCAACAUCGGGAACAAUCUUCCUGCAUCUAGCCUGUCCAAUCCCUUUAGGAUCUUAUACGUUUCUGUGUGGAGAAACUCCACACAGGCAGAGCAGGGCCUGUGAUGGGGAUCGAAUCCGGGUCUCCAGAGCGACGAGGCAGUGGCUCUACCCGCUGUGUCAGUGUAACUGUACACCAUUAAUGUAACGUGGAUCAUUUAGAAAGGAAAGGAGGGGGAGAUCCAGGAGGUGGUGAAGGCAACCAGAAAGGGGAGUGGGAAAGUAGAGAAGAGAGGAGGAGAGUUUACCAGAAGUUGGAGAAAUGGACGUUCAUGUCAUCAGGUUGGAGGCUACCCAGGUGGAGAGUGAGGUAUCGCUCCUGCAGCCUGAGAGAGAACUCGUCAUGACAUGGUCAUGGACUGACAUGUCAGAAUGGAAUGAGGAACGGUUGACCAUCCUCCUUCCCUUUCUUGCCCCGUCUCAGUGCAACUCAACAAUACUCAUGUUGUUAGCCAAAUAUUGCAAGGCCAGUGUAAUUGCCCUGUAGUGGGGUGGUCAUGCAUCAGUGGUAUCAGAAGGAUGCGAUGCCCGGUAUAACUGCACCUGUCUGUGUCAAUGCGCACUACUGGCGUGACAAUCCUGCUGUGACAGUGCUGGAGAGCACCACGUAAUUCUGUAACAAUGCACUGUGGGUUCAGUCCUCCGACAGCCACCCAUUUUAAUUCCGGUCCCCAUUCCCAUCGCACAUCGGUCCAUGAUGAGGCCACACUCGGGCUGGAGGAUCAGGGUAUUUCAUCAGGGUGGCCUCCAACCUGAUGGCAAGAAUGUUACUUUUUCUCCAACUUCCUGUAAUUUUUUUCCCCUCCACUUCUAUCAAAUCCCCCAUUCUGGCUCCCCUCUCACCUGCCUCUGCUCCUCCUUCCCUUUCUCCCAUGGUCUUCUCUCCACUCCUGUCAGAUUCCUUUUUCUCCAGCCCUUUGCCUUUUCCAACCACCUCCCCCGAGCUUCUCACUUCAUCCCACCUACCCAUAUUCCCCUCACCUGGUCUCCCCUAUCACUUGCCAGCUUGUACUCCUGCCUCUCCCCACCUUAUUAUCCUGGCUCCUUCCCCUUGCUUUCCAGUCCUGAUGAAGCCUCUCAGCCCGAAACACCGACUGACUGGCUGUUUCUCCGGUAUUCCGAGUGUGGUGCUGCUAAUGUGAUGAUGGUGGUGUAAUUGUGAACUAUGUGUAACCGUAGUACUGGGAUGAUAAUGGGGGUGUUAUUGUGCACUACUGUGUAAUUGUGAACUAUCUGUGUAACAGCACAUGAUUGGUGUCGUUACCACCAGCUGCUGAGUUGUGUCGGAGACGUACUCGUGCUCGGUCAAACUCCGGAUGCGGGUCACGUGCAGUGCCGCAGAGUGAGAGAGGCUUCGGCCGCUGUAACUGGUAUCGGGACUGUGCCAGGACCUCAUUCCAAUAGCCAGCCGCCUGCGGGGUUUAACCUCAAUAAGAAUGCUCCACAGAAAGGGGAGGUCUCCGGAGAGAAGGUUGUUCCUUCCAGUGGUAUCCAGGGGGAAACCUUGGAGGCCAAAAACCGUACAGAACAGCAGUGAAAGUCAUGUAAAUAAUACUAAUUAAUUAAAUGAUUUUUAAAUAUGCUGGAUUCAAAGAUCAAAGUCCAUUUAU